GGUGUGCACGCAUCACUAUGUACGGCUGGGUACGGCUGAGCGGGUGUGUGUAUAUGUGUUUGUUUGUUUGUUUGUUUGGACACACUUCUGCUCGUACUGCCUACAACGACGGUUGUCUUAUGUGCGCUUUGUGUGUUUCUCUUCGAAUUUAGUGAACAUCAAUCAGCCGUGAGAUCGCAAGCGCAAUGCCGCUGAGAAAGCCAAAAGCGACUGCAAUUGAAAACGGGACUAAUGCUUCUGCGGAAACAGCUAUGGAAUUAGGUGGAAGCAAUGGCAAGCUAACGCCAAAACAAAAUUCACUGAACAACAACCACAACGCGAGCUCCAAAACCGAAGAUGAAUAUCACUCCGACAAAGAGUUGGCGCCUCCAAAAAGGCCACGAGGUAGGCCGCGUAAAAAAGUUAAUUUCGGCAAUAAAACUGCAAGUGAUAUCGUAAAUGGGUCUGUCACCACCGAACAUGAACCAAAACGCAAAACAGCGCGGAAGAUUAAGGUUGUUGCCAUUCCAAAUCUUGAGGUACCUCAAGUUAUGGGAGAAGGGAAAUGCCUGGCAGCAGGUGAUGGUGACGCUGGCCAGCUGGGCAUUGGCGAAGAUGGACUGGGUGGCAAGCCACGAUUCGUUCCUGUAUUUGCUCUUGAAGGUGAAAAUGAAAUACAGCCUAAGGCAGUGCGUUGUGCGGCGGGAGGAAUGCACUCGUUAGUGCUCACCCAUAAGGGCGAAGUGUAUUCAUUUGGCUGUAAUGAUGACUAUGCCUUAGGUCGAGUUACUGCUGAAGAGGAAGAUUCUUACAUUCCAGGACGCGUUAGCGUUCCCAACGAGAUUAAGGUCGCUAAAAUAGCAGCUGGUAACGUACAUAAUGUUAUCUUGACAACCGAUGGCCGCGUGCUGAUUUGGGGCAUAUACCGCGACGCAGGUGGCAGAUUUGGAAUGGGUCCGAAAAAUGACAAGGGAGAGCCAUAUCAUGCCCCUACUGAAAUUACUGAUCUUUUACCCGAGAGAAUUGUGGAUAUUGCAUGUGGCCAAGAACACACGCUACUACUUGGCAACGAGGGAAACGUAUUUUCUAUGGGUUGUGCGGAGCAAGGUCAAUUGGGACGCGUGCGGAAGUCGCAUUGUAAUGCACAGGACAAUCGACGAGGGAGAGCCACGAUGUUACAACCUGGCCAAGUCAUUGUAGUUAACGGAAGGAAGUCAUUUAAAUGUGACGGUAUCUGGGCUAGCUCUUACAACUCAUUUGUGCGAAGCGCUGUAGAUGGCACCAUCUGGGGAUGUGGUCUACAGAACUACAAACAGUUAGGACAAGUAGAGCUUGCUGCAGGCGAACAGUGCGUGUUUUCUAUGGUAAAACUUAAGGCUUUCGAUCCCAAAAUCAAGUGGAUAGAAAUUGUCGGGGGCGAGAGACACACCCUGGCGUUGGACGCGAACGGCAAAGUGUACGCUAUGGGUUCCAGUCUUUAUGGAAGACUAGGACUCGGAAAGGUGAGCGGAAAAGAGCCACCGGAUGUUGCCGUAUUGACGAUCGUUCCAGGCCUUGAAGGCAUCGCAAUGAUUUCAGCCGGGGAUCACACGAGCUUUGCUCUGGACAAAAAGGGGAUACUCUAUUCAUGGGGACAGGGAAGCAACAUGCUGGGACAGGGGGAUCGUGAUAACGCUGACGAAAAAGACAUAUUUGAACCGACACCCUGUAGCUCGAAAACGCUGAAGACUUCAAAAGUAGUUUUCAUUUCAGCCGGUAGCAUUCACAGCCUUUGCAUUGUAACACCGAAGGAAGAUAAUGCACAUAAUUAAAUCGUUAGCACCUGUUGUCUCACAUUUGUCCAAGAUCUAUAUCAUCUACAUUGGGACCCCUUUUACAUUGAUUCGUGCUGAAGUUAGAGAAGUAAUAACUCUAUAUCAACUACUUGACAGGAGUUCAGUAACAUCUAGUGAAUUGAAGCUCUGAUUGAGGCGAUAAGAGUGCUGUAUAAACGUUCUGAGAGGUGAUACGUAUUGUUGCUACUAAUGACAUAAGCGUCACAGGCUACUCAAGUCGAGAGUCCGAAUUAGAAAUAAAUUUGUAACUAAACCAGUGAGAAUGUACCGUACUUUUUAGUCGUUCAAUCAAGGUCGAAGCGUAGGCUUUGUAUUAAGAAGUAAUGGGAUAGGACUGGGCGCCAAGAACUCGAAUUCUACUGGGAGAUAAAAGACCAUUUCUACGUUGCACUUACUUAUGACCCACUAGACCAAAACGAGUAUCUAGCCAUGCCGUUAAACAAAGGUGCUAAUGUGUGAAUACCUCUUAAGGUUUAAGUCGACUGCCUGCUCGAUGCAUUAUAAAGUGGAUAGGCGCCUAUCUAGAGAAAGUUAUGGAUAUGUGUGUGAAUAUACGCGCAGUACUGAAUCGACGCUCAGUGAUUGGGAUCGCUGAAGCGAAGCAUUCUAUUUACAUUGUGAAUAGCCACUAUGUAUGUAUAUCUACAAUAAUAUCUAAAUUUAUAGCAGAGUAAAUGAAGCGUUUCAUUAGAUUUAGAUGCUCCUUAUAAAUACUUCUUGCCAAACUUUUACCAGUAAACAUGAUCUAUUAUGAUAAACAAAUGGAACCAUUAUCUUUGGAUGUAUAAUAACAGUGUCCGUGAACUUUUUUCGCGGCGCAAAAAUACAGAUGGGUACAACUCAUUUUAGAACUUAUCUGCGUGUUUUGUCUUAAGCAUUCAAAACAGUUCACCUUCAUUGCGUAUUGUGAAAUUAUUUUUGAAGUAAAAAGGAAUGACAGGCUGUUCAUUUUUGUGGAAACAUUUUAGAGGCUAGUGUAUCUUUUUAAUUGUUUUUAUCAGACUUAAAUUGUGUACAUUGAUGAGUUCCGACAACUCUGGCUAUAGUUAUGCAGACUUCUGUAUGAAACGUUUUACUAAACUGCGUUAUCCAGGGUUUGUACUAAAAAUAGGUUACGAUUUAUAAUGAGAGAUUUACUAUAAGAUCAUUCUUUAACUUCACUUUUUCUUUUACUGAUAACCCCAUAGUAUUAUGCAUGCGUUCUAAAAUAAGCUUAUUGAUCUAUGUUUUUACAAAUCCUAGCGAAUCGGAUGUAAUAAAUGAUACUGCUAUGAUAAAUAUAUGAGCAUAUAUACAAUAUAUAAAUACUGAUAAAUAUAUAGCAUACAUUGGGAAAUAUUUUUGGUCGUUUAUUUCCGAUCCUAGAGAAUUUCUCGUUACUUACUCGUUGCUCUCUUGUUACUCGUAAUAUUACUGUCUUUUCGCGUUAAUACAUUCGAUGGCUUGUUGAAUAAGUUCUGGAAUUACUUUUCGCUUGAAAUUCAGAUAACUAAGGAAUUUGUGUGGCAGCGCAGUGGAUAGUAUGUUUGAAACAUGAAAAAAACAUGGUGGUUUAAAUCCUGCCUAGACACCUCUUGUUUAGCACUAGAGGUUAGCUGCCUGGAGUAAUGCCUAACGGCUCACGUACAGGAGGUGAAGUACAAUAAAGUAUAUAGGUAGUCGAAUGGUGGUCUUAUAUAACAUGAAUACAGCACAUCGUCUAUCGCAGCGUUGGUUAAGUUGGAAUCCGCAAGACACGUCUUCGUGUUAGUGAUAAAAUAAUUUUGCAAAGGCUUACCAAGGAACUCGUUCGGUAUAGCUGCUCUUCUGCUCUAAGCACUUAGAUAGCGUAGUGAGUUGGAAAGAAAAUUGUCUUGUUGGUGCACAGGUACCCCCAACAGUAGAUCAAGUAUCUGUGAUGACACAUUUUUUUCGGGGCUAUCUUGCAUGCGCAGUCCUCUCUAGAACCAUAACAAUGUCACGGAAACCCCGUCUGUUGCUCUUAUCAAUAUUUCCGUACCGCUUAAGUAAGUGUAGCUCUCAAAUCGUUUUUAAUACAAGGCAACCCAUGUUACUCAGCGAUGGAAGAAUGCAACUAUAAAAUGAUAAUUUCAGUUUAUUGGCACAAGUCGACAUGAGGCACAGACAUUGGGACGUCGCUUUUUACACGAUUAACACACUUGUUUAUUACUCUGACGUGAAGUUAUUGCUAAGUUAGCAGUGAAAGAGAAAACGGUAUUGAAGUGCUUUAGAACGUGAUGCCUUAGGAACAUUUUGUUGACAUCUGUCCACAGUGUAUUAUAUGCCAGAAGCCGACACAUUCAUGACUAGGCUGACGCAUGGG